ACAACACAGAAAAUUAACGAACAUGAUUACGAGAAAUAAUAUAUCUACUAUCUAAUCACCUUCAUAAUAGUGAAAUACUUAUUGCUCCAAAACACUAAUGAAGGCAGCAGCCUCUGACGCUAACUGUGCCCUUUUAAACGUGCUCAAUUAUUUGUACCCGGUAGUCAAAUAGAUAAAAUUAUGAUUCAACCCAAUUCACGUCCAAUCUUGUGGAGAUAAAAAAGAGUUGUAAGUAACUUACAAGGCUGCUCUAAAAUUUAUAUCGGCUGUUUGUUGUGCUUGAAGUAACCAAACAAUUGAUACAUCCCUUAUUAAUCAUGUACUGUUAAGAGAACUUCAAGAUCUAAUUAGGCAAGAUUACAAGGGAGAACUUGCUGAAGAUGGUUAUCGGGUGUUUUACGAAAUAAUUCAAAUUAAACAAAGUAAUUAUUCAACAAUAAUGUUACACCCGAACACGAGCGGGCUGCAAAAAAUGUAAUCACGUUACGGUCCGUUUCAUAGAAUAGAGCCUUGGCAAAGAAUGCUUUAUAUCCUACCUUUUUCAUAUAAAAGACGGCUAACAAUAGCAGGAAAACAUUCAAAUCAUCACUUUUGAAGAAACAACAACAAAAUGUUUGCUAAGAUUGCUGUGAUCGCUGCUUGCCUCUUCGGCUUUGCUAACGCUGGAGCGCUGAGCUCCGGCCUUGGCUAUGGCUCAGCCCUCGGCUAUGGCUCAAAUCUGGGCUAUGGCGGGUACGGUGGCUACGGCGGUAACGGCGCUGGACUGGGUUACGGAAGUUACGCCGGCCACGGUGGUUACGGAGGACUAGGAUAUGGUGGAUACGGCUUAGCGGGCCACGGUCUCGGUCACGCCACUUCUCACGUGUCUGUGGUUAAGAGUGUUGCUCCUUCGUACUCAAGCCUAGGAUAUGCCGGUGUUGCGGGUUCAGCCUUAGGAUAUGCCGGCGCUCCCGUUGCGACUUCGUACGCUAACCAAUACAGUGUACAUGGCUCUCCUUCCCAUGGCUACGGUGGUUACGGUGCGGGUUACGGAGCCGGUUACGGUACUGGUUAUGGUGGUUACGGUCACGGUUCCUACGGACAUGGCGUCUAUGGUGGCUGGUAGAAAGUGAAUUUAUGAAGUAUUUAUUAUUCAUUAGCCCAGACGACUUUUGUAUUGAACUGAAAUAAAUUAUUUAGUUUCGAAU